AUGUCUUCAAAAUUAUUUAAAUACAAAAAAAAAGGAGAAUCUUAUAUACUUUCAGUUAAGGACUCUUAAGAACUUGUGCAAUAAUUGAGAAAUGAACAUACUCUCCUUUCUAAAUAAAUAGAGGAAUGUAAUAAAAAAAAAUAAUUAAUUGAAAAUAAAUUAAGAGAACUCUAAAUAAGGUUUAAUUUAUUUACUAAUAUAGUGAUUAAUCAGAGUUACUCCCUAUGAUUAUUUAAAUGCCCAAUGAACAUAUUCAAGAAGAAUCUAAUACUAACUAAUAAUUUUUUUAUGAAUUUAAUGAAUACUAAGAAUACAUAGCAGAAAAACAAGAAAGUUAAAUAAAAACUAAAAGAGAAUUAUUUGACUAUUUUAAUUGCAAAACAGAAUUUAAAAAAUGUUUUGAUGAUCUUAAUGAUAUAACAAUUCUUAAGAAACUUUCUGAAUAAUUUGGAAUAAAAACAAACAAUACAAAUAAAUUAAAAUAGCAAUUAAAAAUGAUUUAAUUGUAUUUGCAAAAUUAAUCUUUUCCUUAAUCCUGGAAUCAAAUUUAUAAUUCAGAAUUAUUUGAAAAAUUAGAAAUUUGA